AUGACGGAACUCAAAUUUGUACCUUUCAAAAUAUUCUUUGAUCCGGCAUUUUGGUCAGUAAUCAACAGACGGCGGCUGGAUGAGUGGAAACUUGAUUGCCCAGAAUUGCCUAUAAAGGCUUCGUUUGAUUACAGUAAGUUUCAAAAAAAGUUCGAAGUUGAAGCGUAGGUUAUGACUGGAAUCGUCUUAGAUGUGAUUAUGUAUUGCUUUAGUAGCCAAGCAGGGACAUACUUGUCCAUUGUCAAUUUCUUUCGAUGCUCUGACUGAAGCCAAGGAUGGUGAACAAACAGUGACUGGUCGUUUCCAGUUGUUGGGAACAUUGAAAGACUUUCAAAGUUUUGGUAGAAAAGAAUUGAUGAAUAAGUUGAAAGAAGAAGUAAGUUGUUUAUUGUAAUGUCAUUUUGUUUUUAGUUAUGGAGCAAUGUUGUGGGCUUCAAACCAGAGAACUUGAACCUAUUUCACAUUGUGGCUUUUGCUGUAAGUUUUUACUUUGUAUUUUAUCUUUAUUAUAUUUGAGGAGACAUGAUUACAUUACAUAUAAUCUUUUACUUUUUUAAAUAUUUUUUAUUAUUUUAAGGACUUGAAGCAGUACUCUUACUACUACAUGAUCUGUGCUCCUGCUCUUGUCUAUCCAAAGGGGAUCUCUAAAGCAGCUACAACAGGAAAACCUUCCGAACAUGAUCACGUUCUUGCUUGGAAGUACUUCAAGGAAACGUCAGAAAGUGCAUUUUUGCUUUCUGAAAGUACUCACAACAUAAUUCCAAUCAAGAAUCUAAAGGAAACUCACGAACCGGUUACUGUAGUCAUGGCCAACCCAACUUCGGUAUUGGAACACCUUGGAUGGACUGCUAGGAACUUGAUAGCUUUCAUCGCGUUUCACAGGUAAGUAAUUAAUGUUUUUAAUUUUAUGUUAAACAUGAAAAUGGGUAGUUUCACGACAUCACGUAUGGACUAAAAGGAAAGUUGAGAUUGUAUUUUUUAUUUUUAGACCAGAUUGGAGCGUGAUAAAGCUGUUGGCUUUGCGGAGUACUGUAGAGUCAUCGUUUACUGUAGACGUCUGUUGGGACAAACCAGAAGACAAUGGAACUCCGGAGACAGUCGGUUGGCAGAAGCCUGAAGUUAUAUCGCUGAAAAAUGUUUUUGAUCCUGUAAAGUAAGUUUUAUGCUCAAAUGUAUAAAGUUAAAUUAUCCGACUUGAAGAUCUUUAUAAGUAUUGUUACUGUAACGAUGAAACUGCAUAGUAGUACAUAAUUUAUUUUGAGUUAAAAUUGAUGUGAAUAUUUUAAGGCUAAUGGAAAGUGCGGUCGACAUGAAUCUGAAGUUGGUCAGGUGGAGGUUGGUGCCAGAGCUAAAGUUGAACAAGCUUACGGAGUUAAAGAUGUUAAUAGUCGGCAGUGGGACACUUGGAUGUAACUUGGCCAGAAGCUUCUUGGGAUGGGGUGUCAAGCAUUUUACUUUCAUUGACAAUUCUGUUGUGUCGUACAACAAUCCAGUACGGUAAGUAUUGCUCGAAAGCUUUGUUGUACUAAAAAUGUUUGGUUGCUUCUUUUGUAAUGUUAUUUUAGGUUUAAAAAUUUGUUAUAAACAUGUUUAAUCAUAUUGUUUCAGACAAUCCUUGUUCACAUUUGAAGAUGCUAAACAAGGAAACAAGUCUAAAUCUGUAACGGCCGCCGACUCGCUGAAGAAAAUCUACCCUAGUGUGUGUUCGAGAGGGGUGGAUAUGAAAAUCCCUAUGCCUUCUCAUCCGAUAUCAGAAAAAGGUAUGAUUUAUAUUUUUAUGUUGUUGUUUUAAGUGAGAUCAUUCCGUAAAAUAUUGUUCUUAGAACGACAAAACGUUAUGGAUUCAGUAGAGCAACUUACUAAACUUAUACAAGAACAUGACGUUGUGUUCUUGGUUAUGGACAGCCGAGAAUCUCGCUGGUUGCCUACCUUAUUAUGUACUCAUUACGGAAAGGUAAGGAUAGAACCUGUUUCUUAGGAUUUUAAAAUGUUUUAAUACGUUGAAUUAUUGUUUUAAAAAUAUUGUUAUUUAGCUCGCCGUCACCGUUGCUCUUGGCUUUGACACUUUUAUGGUUAUGCGACACGGUGUCCGUUCUACCGUACCUUCCCCAUCAGCAGACCCUUCGGAGGUUUCUGGCUCAGAAUUGGGAUGUUACUUUUGCAGCGACGUGACAGCGCCAGGAAACUCUUUAGAGGAUCGAACUCUAGACCAGAACUGUACCAUCACUCGAGCCGGUAUCUCGGGCAUUGCUUCAGGCAUCGCUGUGGAACUUGUAGCUUCACUAACUCAACAUGAAAACGGAGUUGGAGCUCCAGCCAUGGUCUCCGGGCUAGAUGACAAUUCGACGGUUUUAGGAGCAACUCCACAUCAGGUCAGAGGAUUCAUGUCACGCUUCCACUUCAUGACCCCUACUGUACGAAGAUUCCAACAAUGUACUGCAUGUGGAGAUCAAGUGCAAAACGAGUACGCUUCUAAUGGGUUCGACUUCUUGACUUCUGUAUUCAACGAUGGAACAGAACUGGAAAGGGUCUCGGGUCUAAAACAACUUCAAGAAUCAGUGGAGAAUGUCACUAUUGAUGACAUCGACUUCAACUGCACUGAUUCAGAAUGA